AUGCCAACAAGAGAUGCGCACCUACAGUUCGAGAAGUGGGCUCGAGAAUACGGCGAUAUUUACAGCUUGAUGCUCGGGACGAAGACCUUGAUCGUUCUAUCAAGCGAUGACGCCGUCAAAGAGCUGCUGGACCGGCGAAGCGGUAUCUACUCUUCAAGGCAGGAGAUGUACAUCGGACAGGACCUCUGUUCCAAUGGGUUGCGACUGUUGAUGAUGAUACGCAAGAUGGUCCAUCAAUUACUCAACGUUCAAGAGUCGAGCAAAUACGUGCCUUACCAGAUGCUGGAAAACAAGCAGAUGCUGAAUGAUCUGCUGGACACGCCAGACCGAUUCUUGCAUCACAUUCGCCGGUACUCCAAUGCUCUCACGACAUCAAUGGUCUUUGGGUGGCGCACCCCGACGUAUGAGAACGUCGCCAUCAAGCAGCUUUUCGAAGGAUUCAACGAGUUUGCUGAAAUCAAUCAGACCGGCACAGCAGCACUGAUCGAUUUCUUCCCAUUCCUCAGGCAACUGCCCGACUUCAUUUUGCCUGCGCAAAAGAAGGCCAAGGAGAUGCACAAGCGCGAGAGGGAGCUGUACCUGGGACACUGGCUUCGCGCGAAGAAUGAGUGGAAAGACGGAACUAUCAAGAAUUGCUUCUGCGUUGGCAUGGCUCAAGCGCAGGAGAAAGAACAGUUCAGCGAUCCACAAGCAGCAUACAUUUCGGGCACACUGCUUGAGGCGGGAUCGGAUACAACAUCGAGUACGUUGUACGCUUUCGUCCAAGCUAUGCUGCUAUAUCCUGAGACCCAGCGUCUCGCGCAAGAGCAGAUUGAUAAGGUCGUCGGCGUUGAUCGCAUGCCCACGAUGCAAGAUGAGCCCAAUCUACCGUACAUCAAAUGCUUGAUGAAGGAGACGCUUCGUUGGAUGCCCACCACAAUCCUUGGUGCUGUCCCGCACGCCGUCACCCAAGACGACUCCUACAAAGGCUAUCUUAUCCCCAAAGGCGCAGGUGUCAUGAACAACGUCUGGGCAAUCCACCACGAUCCGAAGCGAAGUCCAGAUCCUCGCAAGUUCGAUCCCAACAGACGUAAGAAUCCUAUGCAGACGAUCGUCCGCUUGCGUGUACUGACUCUUUUCGAUUCGACAGACAAGGACGACCAUCUAAGUCUCUAUGACUCCGCAUCUAAUCCCGACGGAACGAAGCGCGAUCAGUUCACUUUUGGUGCCGGCCGCCGCAUCUGUCCGGGUAUGCACGUUGCGGAGCGCAGCCUGUUUCUGGGAAUGGCACGCAUGCUUUGGGCCUUCGAUAUCACCCCGGCCAUGGACGCCAGCGGCCAGCCCAUCAUCCCAGACCAGGACAAGCUCACUCAGGGCUUCGUGUGCAUGCCAGAGGAGUAUCCGGCAACGAUCACGCCACGAUCCAAGGCGAGAGCAGACCGGGUUCGCUCAGAGUGGCAGCAUGCUCAGCAGGAGUCGCUUGACCCUGCGACGCAGCAGUGGCUCUCGUCUCCGGUGUAA